AUCAACGCCAUGACCAACAUAAUAUUGUUGAUGAUGAUGAUGAAUAUGAGAUUGAUGUUGAUGUCGAUACUGAACCUGAUAUUGAUAUAUCAACUGAAUCCGAGUUUCAUAUACAUGGCUCAAAUGGAUCAAUACGACAACCAUUAGAUUGUAUUCCGGUUGAAACUGUUUUACGUGAACAUUUCAUCAUCAUCAAUACUUAACGAUGGACCACCAUUACCACCACCACCACCAGCAACAUUAUUAUCAUCGCUUCAUCAACCACCAACAACAUCAUUACCAUUGAAUGGUAGUACAUCUUUUAUGCCUUCCACAAACACUAACAUCAAUACAAAUAAUCCAACAACAACAACAACAACAAUCAUCAUGAAUGAAUCAGCAAUGAUGUUGACCAAAUCAUCAUCUAAUAAUUUAAGCCAAAAUUCUCAUCAUAAUUCUAAUCAUCAGCAUAAUAAUCAUCAUCAUUUGAAUGGUAGCAAUAAUAAUCAUCAUAGCAAGAAUCAACAUUUAAAAUCCGAUUUACCAACAACAACAACAACAACAACGACGACGACGACAACACAAUUGGACGUUUCACGUUGUACACAUUGUGGCAAGCUGUUUCGUGGACCACGUUCAUCAAUUUCAUUACAGGAACAUAUAACCAAUAUUCACGCUGCCGUUGCACCAAUUUCAUCAUUGGCAGGCAAAUAUUCCAAUAGUAACAAUAACAAAGCUACAUCACCAUCAUCAUCAUCAUCAACGAUGCCAUCAUCGAUUAGGCCAUCAUCAUUAUUUACUAGUACGGCAAAUGGUGAAUUGGUCAAUGAUAAUACUACUGGUGGUGAUGGAAACAUUAAUAACGAUGAUACUCAAUCCUGUUGUAACAAAUGUUCGAUUACUUUUGAAAAUCGUGAAGAUUUUGAAAGACAUCAACUUUUACAUGCCAAUAAAUCUGCUCACACCAAUGAUGAUGGCCAAGUAUUGCGAAAAUUUAAAUGUCAAGAAUGUUUUAAAGCAUUCAAAUUCAAGCAUCAUUUAAAAGAACACAUCCGUAUACAUAGUGGCGAAAAACCAUUUGAAUGUGCAAAUUGUGGCAAAAGAUUCUCUCAUUCAGGCUCGUAUUCAUCACAUAUGACCAGCAAAAAGUGCCUAAUUGUUAAUUUAAAAGUGCGAAAAUCUGAUCAAAUUGGACGUACUUCUUCUCGUUCAUCAUCUAAUCGUUCUUCGAAUCAUCAAACAAAUGGUGCUGCAGCAAAUUCGAAUGGCAUUCUUGGAAGCCUUAAUGAAUCGAUGAAUGAAAGUGAAAAGAAUCUAUCAUUUUUUCCGAAUGUAUUGGAUUCACAAAAUGUUAAGAAUAUGUCACCAUUUAAUACAUUCAAUAAUUCUACAGCUUAUUUUCCGAAUGGCCCUGGUGGUAAUGGUGGUGGUGGUGGCGGCGUCGCAGGUUUUCCAUCUAAUUUGAUUGGCCUGAAUUCAUUUCUAAAUGUUACAGCACCGAAUCUUGAAUUAUUUAAUUAUUUACUUGAAUCACAAAUGGAAUAUAAAGGUUUUAAAAAUUUACCGCCACAUUUUUUCGCCAACCUUAACAACAAUAAUGGUGGCCAAUUGAAUGUAGAAGAAUUUGAGAAACAAUUGAAAAAAGAAUUCAUUGAAAACGCUGAUAUUGCCUCCAUAAGACGUUUGUUACAAAUCGCUCAAGCUGCUGCUGUAUCUAAAGUGCAAGACGAAAUCAAUUCAGCUCAUUUGAUUGCAAAUCUUCGUAAUGAUACUAAUCUGUCCAAUUCAUUGAAUCUAACGAAAAUGGCACAUCUAGAUUCGAAUCUAAGUAAAUCUAGUGAUGAUAUUGAUUCUAAUCGAAAAUCAUCUUCGACACCUACGAAAAUUUGUCCAAGUUUUUCGGAUUUCAAAACUGAUCUUAAUGGUAAAACACUAAAUGAAGGCAGCAAUCUUAAAAUGGAAAGUGAUGAAGAAUCACAACGAGAUUCUAGUUCGUUGGAUGAUGAAAUGCUCAUGUCAGAUGGUAAAAAGGUUCGAGUACGUUCGGUUUUGAGUGAAGAAACUUUACGAAUACUUCGUGCUCAAUAUGCAGUCAAUCAACGACCAAAAAAACAAGAGAUUAAUCGUUUAGCCGAUCUGGUUAACUAUACUCCACGUGUGGUUCAAGUUUGGUUCCAAAAUAUGAGAGCUCGUGAUAGACGUCUAGGUCGUCCAAUACAAAGCAUGAAUGAAUCAAUUAACACUACGACCUCUAGUUUGGGCACGAUAAACAUUGGUACCGCCGGUGGCCAAAAUAGUUUGAAUUAUCCAUCCAAUGACCAAAUUACCAAUAUGAACAUCAAUCAACAGCAAUCUGGACAAUUAAUGUCACAAUCCGCUGCACAUUCCGGGCCCAAUCCAUUAGUAGCGGCGGUUCCAACAACAGCACUAGCCGCUGCAGGCAUUCCUUCUCCUUCACCUUUCAAAUCCACCACAACUUCCUCUGUAGCUCCCAUUGUUUCAUUUGGUCAGCACAAUAAUUUCAUCAAUAAUAAUGGCACAUCAUAUUCAUCAUCAUCGUCAUCAUCACUAUCACCAUCGCUCGUUGUUGGUCAGAAUCGUCAUUGUAAUGAUUCUGGUAGUAGUUUUAGUUCUUAUUUGAAUCCAACAAACAAUCAGCACACACAAAAACCAUUAAUUUCAAUUACACAACCAACAGCAGCAGCAACAACAUUGUUUCAAAAGACCGAUGCACAGAUUCAAGCCAAAUUAUUUGUCAAUAACCUGUUUGACAAUUCUGAUACAAUUUCUUCGAAUCAUGAUGAACCUUUAGAUCUUUCAUUCAAAUCAAAAUCAUUGAAUUCAAGUGGUGGUUCAUCGACGAUAGCUGACGAUUCAUUAGAAGAUGAAGUAUUAAAUCUAAGUCUCAAAUCCACUAGUAAUAAUCGUGCUAUAGUUCCGUCUGCAUGUCUGGAUGUCAAUAACAGUCUGCACAGUAAAGACAAUGCUUCAAUGGUCAACACAGCCGUCCAACCAAAUGUAUCGUUGACAAUGCUCCAGCAGCAGCAACAACAGCAACAACAACAACAACAUGAUCUUGAUACUGAUAAUCUUCGUUCAGUUUUGCUUAACACUUCAACUUUUGGUAAAUCCUGUAACGAAACCGGUAGUAAUAGCAGUAACAACAAUAGUCCACGAUCGAUUCGUGGUCGAAAACGAAUUGUUCCCGAAUUGGAUAUGAACACAAAUAGUUCGAAUGAUUCCAACAACAAUAUUAUGCGUACAACUAAUAAUUCAUCACCAAAAAAAGAGAUGAAACUCAACGGUUCAUUGAGUAGUCAGAAUUCUCCCGAUAACAAUCAAAGUGAAGGCUUAUUCACGUGUGAUCAAUGUGAUAAAACUUUCAGUAAACCAAGCUCAUUGGCUCGACAUAAAUAUGAACAUUCGGGUCAACGGCCACAUAAAUGUGAUGUAUGCAACAAAGCUUUCAAACAUAAACAUCACCUGACCGAACAUAAGCGCCUUCACAGUGGUGAAAAGCCAUUUCAAUGUACAAAAUGUUUGAAACGAUUUUCACAUUCUGGUUCAUAUAGUCAACAUAUGAAUCAUCGUUAUUCAUAUUGUAAACCUUAUCGUGAAUAAUCAUGAUCAUGAAUGGUCAUGUUCAUAUUUUGAAUUUUGGUUAAUAAUUCACAAUUCAGCCCUGUGUUGUCGCCGAUGAGCCAGAAAAAUAAUACAAUCAACCAACAACAACAA